CAAUUUCACACCCACAUAAUAAUAAAAUGAAGAGAGCGAGAGAAGAUGAGCAGCAGCAGACUGAGGACUUGGUCAGUUGCUUGAUGCUCCUGUCCAAAAUAGAUCGGAACCAUUCCUCCUCCAUCCAAAAACCAAUCUCCUCCGGCCGCGUCUUUGCUUGCAAGACGUGUAACCGGGAAUUCUCGUCGUUCCAGGCCCUCGGAGGCCACAGGGCGAGCCACAACAAGCCGAAACUAGACGGCGGCGAGGGGGAGAUCUUACAGCUGGGGCAACCAUCGUCUCCGGCGAAGCCAAAGAAGCACGAAUGCCCGAUCUGCGGGAUGGAAUUUUCAAUAGGGCAGGCGCUUGGGGGACACAUGAGGAGACAUAGAGAUGUUAUGAUGAGUUCCGCUGCGGAGCGGAUUAGGGCGGCGGCUAUCCCGGUGUUGAAGAAAUCGAAUAGUAGUAAAAGGGUGUCUUGCUUGAAUCUGGACUUGAAUUUGGCGCCGCCUGGUUACCAUUUGAUAUCUUAAAAUGUAAUGACAUUUGUAGUUGUGAUUAUUUCUAUAGGCAUUUAAUUGAUUCGUUAAAUA